GAUAAAGAGGGAACUGACGUCCCCUGGAAUAUAUAAACACUCCCUCCCCGUUCACAGCCUAUGUGCUUGCUGGGGACAUGGAGCUGCUUCUCUGCUGGUAACUUGAUGCAAGUCAUGUGCUGAGGGCUUGGAUGUGCAGCUGAAAAUCAGUGCCCUUAUUCAAGCAGCUUCUGUGAGGAAGAUCAGUGAGUCUGUUGGGACCAAGAAGUGAGGAAAAGCCAUCCAGCCUUACAGCAAGGAUAUUUGUACACUGUUUACCUGCACCCUAACAAGGAAGAGGAAUGGGCUGUAACAGGAACUGUGGGCUCCUCACUGGGGCCAUCAUCGGAGGUGUGCUGGCGAUCUUCGGAGGAGUCCUAAUACCAGUUGGAGAUAAUCUUAUAAGCAAAGCAGUAAAAAAGGAAGCUGUCAUUGUCAAUGGUACUGCUGCUUUUCAAAAUUGGCUUGUGCCAGGAAGCACAGUUUACAGGGAAUUUUGGAUUUUCCAUGUCUUAAAUCCAUCAGAAGUUAUGGAUGAGGGGGCUCAACCAAAACUUGAACAAAGAGGACCUUACACAUACAGGGUGCGAUACUUAGCCAAAGAAAAUGUCAUGGAAGGUGAGAAUGGCACAAUAUCCUACAUGUUGCCUAAUGUUGCUGAUUUUGAACCUGAUUUGUCUAUUGGGACAGAAAAUGACACCAUGACCGUCCUCAACCUCGCUGUUGUAGCUGUACCUUCCGUGUACCAAAUGGGUUUUAUGCAAUCAAUGAUAAACACUUGGAUUAAAGCUUCUAAGUCAGGCAUGCUGCAGAACAGGACAGUCAAAGAAAUACUGUGGGGAUACACAGACCCCUUCUUGGACCGUGUCCCCUUCCCUGGUGUGAACCCAGUUGUGGGAGUCUUCUACCCGUAUAAUGGGACAAGUGAUGGACCUUACACUGUGUAUACUGGGACAGAAGAUAUUACAAAAACAGCAGUAAUUGAAAGCUACAAAAAUAAAAGGACUCUUUCAUAUUGGGAAGGUCACUGUGAUAUGGUUAAUGGCACAGAUGGAGCAUCCUUCCCACCCUUUGUUAAGAAGAAUCAGGUUCUACGCUUCUUCUCCUCUGAUAUUUGCAGGUCCAUCUAUGGAGUUUUCCACAGCAAGCAGGUCGUGAAGGGAAUCUCUCUGUAUCGUUUCAUCGUUCCUCGUGAGGCGUUCGCGUCACCCACCGAAGUCGGAGACAAUUACUGCUUCUGCACGGACCGAGAGAUAUCAGAGAACUGCACCUUGGCUGGAGUCCUGGACAUCAGUGCCUGCAAAGCAAAAAGACCAGUAUAUAUCUCUCUUCCUCAUUUUCUUCAUGCAAGUGAAUCUAUAUUGCAUAACGUGGAAGGCCUGAGCCCAAAUGAAAAGGAGCAUGAGACAUAUCUAGACAUAGAGCCUGUGACUGGUUUUACACUACGAUUUGCAAAAAGGCUGCAAGUAAACCUCCUUGUGAGGCCUUCAACAAGAAUUGAUCCUUUAAAAAAAGUUAAAAAACCCUAUGUGUUCCCUCUUCUUUGGCUAAAUGAGUCUGCUGUUAUUGGGGAUGAGAAGGCAGAAAUGUUCAGAAGUAAAAUCUCGAGUCGGCUCCAGCUGCUGAGCAUGCUGCAGAUGGCAUUAAUAAUCGGGGGCUCUGUGCUGUUCCUGGCCUUCUUGGGCUCCUAUUUCAUAUGCAGGUCCAAGAAAUUAAAAUAAGUCAAAAGACUCCAGAGGCAGUCAAAGUUUAAUUGAAAUUUCAGCUAAGCAGCUUGGUAAAAUUCAGAGACAAAAGGCAUGAUUCAAGGCACAGUCAAUCCAUGAGCUAUGGAAUUCAAAAUGUUUUUCCAUUUUGAGAAGACCAGCUUACUAACCCAAAUAAGCUGAUGUUUUUGAAGGUCCACAAUUCUGACAUCACUAAAGAAGCCACUGUGGAAACUAUACUGUCAAAAGACUUUAUUUGAAACUUGUUAUACAUUUUAAAUUGCAUUCAAGCAGACUGAAGUUGAGAUGAAGUUGGAUUUUAGUCCACCUUCUGCCAUUUAUGCAACUUGCUACUCAUUUUCUUCUGGAUUUGCAAGAUAAAUGAAAGCCGCUUGCUGAUGCUCCGUCUCUGAGCACAGGCUGGGAAUGACAACAAUUUGGAGCUCAUGCUGUGCUCUAGAUGCUCUCAUUGCAAUAUUUCUCUCUGUUCCUACAAGGAAUGGAAGCUGCUGCAAUAGAACUGCUCUCUGUCCUCUAUUCAGGGAUGUGAAUUGCAUUGAAUGUGAAGUUUAUUAUGUAAAGUUACUAACUGUAAUACAUGAAAUUUAUAAAAGACUUACUAAAAUAUGUGGUUCAUAUGUUUUAUAGGGAGAUGGCUCACAGAUACAGCACAGUCAUCCAUAUGUUGAUGGACCUCAUCAACAUUGGGCUCCACAGUUGUUUAUUAAUCUGAACCACUCCCUAACUCCUAACCUGCUCCACUGCUCUUCCUGUUGCCUCCUGUGAGCUUUGAUUUCUGGCUCUUGUUUGAACACAAGCCUCUGCACUGCCCUAAGCCCACUUAGCCCAAGGCCUCCCUUGGAGAAUGAUCUGAUAUUACACCUGACAGGCCAAGAGAAAAUCUCCCAAAAAGCUUCAGAGACGGGAAAGACCAAGAUAAUGAUUUUGAAAAAACAUCAGAGGGUUCCACUUGCUAUAGAAGCACAUAAAUGAAAACUGGUAGCCCCAAUUACUUACUGAUAAACCAUCUGCCACGAGGAAAUUUGUGCAACCAUUUGUUUAAUGAGGUGCAUCAACCUGUAGACAGGUAGCAAACACUGACAUCUCCAUAAAUAGUUGAAUUUUUCAUUUGAUGUGAAUGCUGUAUUUUAUUCUGAGAGUAAAUACAGAGUGUUGCGGGGUCUCUUACUUUUCCAUGGAUUCAAUAAAUUCAGAACAAGGGCCUAAGUUCAGCAUUUUCUAAGAUUUGUUUUUAGAUCUUUUAUCCCCUUAUUUAAGAGCUGCAAAGAAAAAGGGAACUCAAACAUGUCAGCCCCUCAUAUCCUGCUGUUUGGAAACAAUGCUACAAUGGACUUUAAACCAGAAAGGUUUAUCUUGUUAAUAAAGGACAAUGUCUUUGGCUGGGUAUCCUUAGUAAGGUGUUCUAACUUCUGGAAAUAAAGGGAAAAUCCACCUGAUUUUAAUACUGAUGUUUUAUUCCAUUGUUCCUUGUGGACAAAGUUUUGUAGCUAUCAGUAGGACUGAUGAGUCACAGAAAUCCCAAGACAUUAUUCUUGAAGGUGAGGCCUGUGAGGUGCAUGGCUUCACUCUCCUUCCAGAACAGCUGGUGUGACACUUGAGGGAAGGGCUGCUCUCAGCCCCUGUGUUUGACUACUCCUGGUGCUGGCUAGCCAAUGAAAAACACCUUUCUCUCAUUUCCACAUUGUUGCUGGUGUCAUAUGUGAUGCUGUGUUCCCAUACUAUUCUGGGGACAAUUUGACACAACUGAAGCCAUCCCUACAGUCCUAUGGACUGGUCAAAAAAGUAUGAGGACAGCUAAAGCCACAUCACCUCUGAGAAAAAACACAGCUCUGCUGUGGUUCAAGAUCUGACACCAACUUUUUAUAAUAAAAUGUCUUUUGUGUCAGGAUCUAACAUGAAAGGAACAACAGCAGUGCUCCUGUAGUUUUUGAUACACUAACAUUUCAGCUUCAUUUUAUUUGACUUCAAGUACGUUGUCAGGAAGUUAGUGUUUGCUUUACUAGUGUUGUUUAGUGCUGUGUGCUGCUCCUGCAGCAGUGAUUUAGCAAGCCAGGCCAUGAUUUUAAAUGUCUCAGGGCCAAAUUUUAUAUGGACAGAAUGAUAUGUUUGUCCAUAUUCGUAAUCUCAUUGAUCUCAAUGCAGGUUUGGGCUUUUAAACUAUGUCCAGCACGUAGACUGCACUUGAACUGUAAUUUGUAGUUACUUUAUCCAAAGCGUCAGUUAGAGUUAUUGUUAAUUCAUGAUACUAAGGCUAAUAUUAAGUAUUUAUAUUUGUUAAAACAGUGCAGGGUAAACUUUGAUUAGAAACAUUAAUGAAAAUACAAAUAAAACAAAGCUCAAAUCUUUUGUCUGAUAUCCUUAUGUUUAAUUGUAAAUAAAGCCUUCUGUGUUGAAUAAUGUGUGU